AAAACAUUUUUUGAAACACCCCACGAAAUAUAUAUAUUUUUUUUUAGGGGGGGAGGAGGUUUCAUGCCAACCCUGCAGUCAACGCUGGCUGAGCUGGUGUAACAACCACGCCCAAUGCCUGCUUUCAGCGAGGCAGUUAAUUGGUACGUAUACUUAUACAUUUCGCUUCACGACUAUUUAACUGACGUCACCGGUAGCCAAUGAGAUGCCCGCGUCGCCAGUUCCACUUCAGUUCGCUGCUAGUCUCCACACAGUACACACUACCUGCUGCUGCUGCUCUACACUGUGCGUUGUUACUGCCGCUCGUCGAUCGACUUGCCUAUCUUUCACCGGUUUUCUCCAAGUCAGCCCGACGAGUUAUGUCGGAUCGGGGUAAGGCCCUGGGAACGCCACGGCGUCCCUCCUCGCCUGCUUCGGGAGGGGAACGACGUGAGAGGGACCCUCUGGAAGGCGAUGCCAAGCGUAGGAAGGCCUCCCGAGAUAGUUGCAAUACGCAACCACCGGCUGCUGGUGCUUCUCAGCCGCGAGUCGCUGGCCCGAGCCACGUCAACGAUACGGCUGUCUCUCCAUCAAGUGAAGGCAAAUUGGACCAAUUAUCUACCCUGCUGAAUGCCCUAAUUGACAAAUUGGAUAAGCCGACAGCUCAUCCAGUGUCAUCGGGGGCCGAUUAUAGCGGGUUCCUUGACUUCUCCCCUUCUGAUGACGAAGCAGCUGAAGCUUCCCGUGUCUGCCCGAGCCUUAUCCGCUUGACGACCUCUACCGGCUCACCGCCGCACAGCCAGCCGGUGAUACUGUGGUUGAUACCGACUUCCAGAAUGCUCUUGAUGAGUUUGAUGGCCUCUUCCAUGGUGAGGAAGAAACGGGUGACCCUUUAUUUGAUCGUCUGGCUGGCAUUCUUAAUGCAAGUCUCCGACGUUGGCCUUCCCAUGACGGCGACGUUGGCCUUCCCUUGACGGCGUGAAGCUCACAUGUGAUAAGAUCAAGCUCCCGGGUAAUGUGCCCAACUUAAAGGUCCCAGCGACCAAUCCUGCCAUCACCAAGGCAAUGAGCGUUGAUUGAGAACUGGUUAACACACAACUUUCACUUACUAAUAAACUAUUGACAAAGGCACUGGUUCCAAUUGCCCGUUGCAUUAAUGAUAUUGGAAAUAAGAAAGAUAAACCCUUAACCUCCUACCUUGAUGGUCUUAAUAACAGCCUGAGGCUGGUAACUUCCGCUGUUAACUACAUCAGUCAGCUACGGAAAGAGGUUGAGCGGGCUCACGUGAAUGACUCUGCCUUGGUAGAGCUCUGUAAUUGGGACUGUGAGGUCGGCAAGGAUGACUUUGAUGUCAUAAAGAAACGUGAGGAAAUAGAUGACAAGUCCAGAAAACUUAGGAGGCCCAACUUCCGUCCUUACAAAGCUCCUGGGAGACGGUUUGCUCCACCUCGCCAGUUACCUAGACGACCUCGCCCACAGCAGUCAAGGCCACGUUACCAGGCAAGGCCUUUUUUAGGCCAGAGGCCUCCCCAGGGGAGGGGGAUGCCGAGACACAAAACUCCCCAGUGAGACUACCGUCGGUAAGUCCCUUGUUAAUGCCUUUGGUUAAUACUCCGGAUAAAUUUUGUGGAGGAAUUAUUAUUAUUAUGUUUUUUUUUCUUUUUUGUUGGUAGGUCGCAGCGAUAUUGUCUCCACAGAUAAAUGGAUUCAUGUGGUGCAUGGAAAAUUCGGAUAAUUUUUGUGGAGGAAUUUAUUUAUUUAUUUAUUUAUUUAUUUAUUUUUUUUUUUUGCUAGGUCGCAGUGGUAUUGUCUCUCCUCAGAUAAAUGGAUUCAUGAUGUGGUGCAUGAAAAUUUUUUAGUUAUUGUGAAUGUUCCCAUACAGAGGAUUUCACCGGCUACUCUCAACUUGUCUCGUGCAGAUAAAAAAGAACUGGACUCUGCCAUGUUGAUGUUCUUAGAGCACAAAAUAGUAGAAUCAUGUGCCCCAGCCGAUCAUGGUUUUCUUUCUGACCUUUUUCCUACCAUUAAGAGAGAUGGUACGGCUAGAGUUAUUCUGAAUUUGAAAGAA